GCCAUGGCCGAGGGACCUCACGGCCUGGCGAGGAAGCCGAGGUGAAUGAGAGUUGAGUAUUAGACAAAAAUAGAUAUAAUCUCUACUCCAUGGUUUAGCUCCCUGAUUGUUGUAGUCUUCACUUUGUGGAGCAUUCAUGCUGAAAAACUGAAGCAAUAAAUGGUUGAAUAUGAUCAGAUUUCACCAUCAAGUUCUCAGCCUGAUAACGAAUAAUCACUGACCAUUCAUGACUCUGGAAUGCUUUGUUGGAUCAUACUUCUCAAAGGGAAGAAAUAUUCAGUUGUACAUGGGGUUUUGCUGCUGUAUCCUAAUAAAUAAAUCCCCAAAAAUGUAUUUUGAUGUGGGGGAAAAAAGAUAAUCAGGAAUGGCUGUUGCUCUUCUGAAACUUUCUGUAUAAUCCCUUUCUGUCAACCUAAUGAAGCAUUCAAACAAGCCAUAUGACUCUUUUCAAGAUGAACUUGAAGAUUAUAUUAAAGUACAGAAAGCCAGAGGCUUAGAGCCAAAGACUUGUUUCAGAAGGAUGAGAGGGGAGUAUUUGGAAAGCUGUGGGUACAGAGAAGAGUUUGAUUCCAGGCCCAGGUAUAGAAUGUUUGAUCAGAGACUCCCAUCUGGAACCAACCAUUCCUACCCAAGAUCAUGCAGUAGUUCACAGACAGAAGACCGGGUACCCCAGUGGUUACCAGCUCAUGACAAGAUAAGACUAAACUCUCUGAGCUACUGUCAAUUCACCAGGGAUGGCUUCUCAGAAAAACCAGUCCCCUUGAACCUUAGUCAGCAAGAAUACAAUUGUGGCUCAUAUAGUGUAGAAUCUGUAGUUCACAAGCGCCUCUGCUCAGAACACAGUACCAUCGACCCUCAAGUCAGUCAUAGACAAAUGCACCAGAAGAGGAAAAAACAUGUAGAAGAGGGCAGAGAAAAGCAGGAAGAACGGCCCAAACAUGAGAGGAAAAGGAGUUCUGAGGAAAUGGAUUUAAAUAAACAUAGAAGCAUCCAAAGAAAGAAAACAAAGGCAGAAACAGAAACUGUACAGGAUGGUACAGAAAAGCUUAAGAAUCGAAAAGAGAAAAAAACCCGAGAUGUAUCAUCUAAGAAAGAGGACCGUAAGCGUAGGAAGGAAAAAAAGGAACAAGGUGAAGAAAGGACAGAGGAGGAGAUGCUUUGGGACCAGUCUAUUCUUGGAUUUUGAGGCUCCUUAGAUCUCCUGAGGCUCCACUGAAAUAACAGUCAAGGAGCUUGGUUUUAUGUGCAUUCAUAUUCAUGUCACUUGCAUAUGUGGACAGAAGUUUCAACUUCUAACAAAGUGAACAUGAAAUAUUUAGUGUGCUUUCCAACAUGGAGAUUACUUUUCUAUUUUCUAAAAGAUUUAUUAACUUUUCUUACAUAUGGUAGAAUUUCCCUUUAAGAGAGUGGCUCUGCUUUUAUUGACCAAAUUGCUGUGGUAGUGGACUUAUUUUCCCUUGGGAGAUCAUUUAUUUAAAAUUGGAGGAUUAACUGAUGGCUUUUGUGGAAUCUAUUUCUUGGUUGGGUUUCUUUUAGUUUUGAGUCACAUAUUUUUAUGCUCACUGUCUUUCUCUAUGAAGCAAUUUAGAUUUCCUUUUUUUAGAUCUAACUUGCAAUAUAUUUUCUGGGUUGGAAAGUGAAAUAACAUAAUAAUUUUAUCUUACAUAUAGUUUUAAAAGUUUCAGAGACUUCACACAAAAUCAGUUUAUAUUCUGAAAAUGUUUAUAAUAAAGUAUCUUAAUUUCUGGAUGUUUCUUUGUGUCAGUGCUCUGUUCUAGUGAUUCUCUUUUGGAAAGAGAAAAGCAGUAACCACUUUAUAUUAAAGAUUUUAGAGGUUAGAACACACUAAAUGGUUGUAAAAAUUCUUUACCUACUGAAUUAGGCUCACAAUUUAUAAUAAAGAGCUUUGAUUCAUGAUAAUUUUUCCAAAUGAUUGAAACAAAGAAGGAAUUUACAAAAGAAAAUGUUAUUACUCUUUCCUGGCAAUGCUGUACUUUCUUUAAAAUGACUCAAAGCCGACAGUUCGUGUGAUACAACUGAACAUUAACUGACACUAAAUACAUCAUGCAACUUCUUUUAAAUAUUUUAAUUAAAAUCAUAGCUAUUGAGCAAGAGAAGGCUAUAAAUAUGUGGUAUUGAUCAUAUUGAGGCCACUGUGGCUAGCACAAUUUUUAAAAAAUUUUAGGACAGAAGAUUUUUUCCUAAAAUGUUCUCUGUUCUCCAACUUCAAGUUGAAUGGUAGAAGCUAAGCCUUAUACAUGCCUGGGACAGCCUCCACUACAAAGAAACUUCUGAACCAAAAUAGCAGAGGUGGAAAAGCCCUGGUCAAAAGUUAGGAAGAUAUCUUAAGUAUGUUAAAAAACAAAACUAACCUAAUCCAAAGAGCAAGGUAGGGGGUAGUAUCCUUCAUGCAUCUGCAAGUGAGAAUAAUCAGCAAUGAAGAGAACAAGAAGAGGUCUGGGAAAUCAAAAGUGGAGAAGCCUAAAUACCAUGGAGAAGUGCAAAGAAGUACAAAGCAAUUGGCAAUUUAGUUCCUUGCUCCCCAAGCCACGGAGGAAGGGAGAACUAAAGACUAUAAGCGAAUAAGAAUAAGGCAGGCCAGAGAGUGCCAGCAUAGUCCUAACUGCAGGAAAGAAACCCAUGUUUCUUAGCAGCUUUAAGUCUAUCCAUGGGAUUAGCCUGAAACUGUCCCCCAGACAACCCAGCUUUGGAGAAGAAAUUCAUGUCCCAGCAAAAGCUCAGAGUAAUAUGCAGUCUUGAGAAGUGCCGAUCAGGAGUACCUCAUCAUUCAGAACUGCUCUGAGGAUCAGAAAAUAAUGAGCAAUCACAAAUCAUGGUCCCUACAGAGGACCUUGCUGCCCUGACAGGGUGGGAGAAGGUCCCUGAGGACAAAUACAGAUAAGAAGGAAUAUCUCUCACAAAUCCAAUGGAGUAUACUGGCUUCGGGAAGGAGGGAAAUAAGGGACGUGGUUAUCAAUGUUCCUUUUGUCACAAGAAUCAAGACUGGUCACAUGGUUUUACACAGGGGAGGAAUGGGCAGAGGGAGCCUAGGAGUCUGAGAGCAUAAGACCAGAAUUGGCAAAGAGUUUGACUCCCAUCAACUGUCCUCCGUCAAAGAAGUUGGUUUGAUUACUUCCUUCACUCUGAGGCAUUCCAGGUAUAUACCACAUUUGUGUAAUGCCACAGACUGAAGACCGCUGGAAUGAGUGCCAUGUCUGCUACACAUACCAAUAAACGUUCUGUACAGUGAGACAA